UUUCAUGGUCCCUCUAGUUCUCUUUUCACUCUCUCGUUUCUUUCUUUCCCUUUCUUUUUUGUCACAAAGCUGAUCUCUCUUCCUUUUGUCUUUCGGCCUCUACACCUAGAUAGGCUGCAGCAGGCCUUUGUCUUUUGGUUCCUUCCAGGAAGAGUACUGCCUGCUGCCUGCCCUCCCUCGGGCUCCCUGUAAAAACUAAGAAGACUAGAGUCUGUUGGGGUGCAGAUCAUCAGGCCGGACACAUACGUUCGUUGUUGAGACAAGGUACAUAUCAUGAAGGAGAGUGGCAGGAAAGCAGGUGCCCCUUCACCCUGCGCUGCAUGCAAACUGCUCAGGAGAAGGUGCGCUCAGGAUUGCGUUUUUGCUCCUUAUUUUCCAGCAGAUGAGCCCCAGAAGUUUGCAAAUGUCCACAAGGUGUUUGGUGCCAGCAAUGUCAACAAGAUGUUACAGGAAUUGCCAGUGCACCAGCGAGGUGAUGCAGUCAGUAGCAUGGUUUAUGAAGCAAAUGCAAGGCUGCGUGACCCUGUGUAUGGCUGUGUUGGGGCCAUAUCCUCUCUGCAGCAGCAGAUUGAUGCGCUGCAGACCCAACUGGCACUAGCUCAGGCCGAGGUGGUGCACCUCCGAGUGCGGCAGACUGCAUCAUUCUCCCCCCAUGGGUUCCACCCCGGUAGCCCAAGCGGUAGCGGCUCACCCUCAUCUAGGCUCAUGGGUUCACAUGUCAAGCCCAUCUUUGACAUGGAUCACAUGGUGGUGGAUCAGGCCAGCUUGGGAGAGUCAAUGUGGUCAUGCUAGUUUUAAUUAUUUCUAGUGGGUCGCCCCUACUACAUAUAUAUAUAUAUAUCUAAAAUAUUAAUUAGUCCCCCUAAAUUUUAUCCAUCUGAUAUAUAUCCUCAAUAUACUUGUGCUUGGUAGAAGUAAUUAAUUGCCUUGGCUGUGGUGAUUGUGGUGGUGGUGGUGAUUGGAGCGGUGGCGGAGGCCAUUCGCCCGCUUUGGUUUGAAAUAUGUCUUUUAUCAUUAAGUUAUAAUAUUAUAUGUAUCUUGUAAAUGUAAUUUUGAUAUAUCUAGUUAGUUAGUAGAACUAAUAGUAGAUUGAGGACUUGAGAUCAUACUAUUUGAAUGGAUUGUCCACAGUGAUUACGCUAUUAAGAGAUGAUUUGGGUACGAUAGCAAGUCAGCAUCAAUGGGUGGCAUUUACUACUGGUUUCAGGAUUUGGUAUGUAAUUUGUUCUUGUGGUUUGGAUAUAUACAAUGACAUGUCAGCAUGCAUUUGGAAUGGAGUUUUUGAUUC